AUGGAAAGUGGUUUGAGUGAAAAAGAAAAAAUGGAAAGAGGAUUAUACUAUAAAGCGAAUGAUUACCAACUUACAAAAUUGCGGAGUAAAUGCCGUAGUUCUCGUCAAAGUUAUAAUCUGUCAAAUCCCGCUACUACGGAAGGAAAAGCUUAUCUUGCGGAAAUUUUAAAUCCUUUAAAGGAUGCCAAUUUUGUUUUACCUAAAAACCUGUACAUUGAAACGCCCUUUUUUUGCGAUUAUGGAUACAACAUUAGUAUUGGCUCCAACUUUUAUGCAAAUACCGGUUGCAUUUUUUUAGAUGUCUGCAAAAUUAAAAUAGGGAACGAUGUUAAAUUAGGACCAGGUUACUCUGAGAGCUUUUUCUUGUGUAUGUGUCCAUUCCUUUGUAAAAAUAAAAAGGUGUCCAGUUACUUACUGCUGCGCAUCCUUACUCUUUGUACAAAUUCAUAUAGAGCUCAAAAUUGGGAAUUUGGUAAGGAAAUUAGUAUCGGAAAUAACGUAUGGAUUGGGGGCGGAGCUAUAAUACUGCCUGAUGGCUGCGUCAUUGGAGCUGGUAGUGUAGUAACGAAAAAUUUAGAACCUAAUGGAGUUUUUGCUGGCAAUCCUGCCAAGAUAAUUCGAAAAUUAGAAAAUUAG